AUGAUCCUGGCUUCCCUGUUGGUCUUCUUCACCUGCGUCUGGAUCGCACUGACCCCAGAUGCUUCUGCUGCUUCUGAAAUUAAGAAGUCCCACCAGCGGCGCUCCUCUUCAAUGAAAAGAACCCGCAAACAAGAAGCCAGAAUGAGGGAAGAUGACAGUACCAAAGCAUGGCUCGGGCAAUACAAUCAACUUCUCCAAAUAGAGGACCAUGACUUUGCAAUGAGGCCUGGAUUUGGAGGGUCUCCAGUGCCAGUAGGUAUAGAUGUCCGGGUUGAAAGCAUUGACAGCAUUUCAGAGGUUAACAUGGACUUUACAAUGACUUUUUAUCUCAGACAUUACUGGAAAGAUGAGAGGCUCUCCUUUCCUAGCACAACAAACAAAAGCAUGACCUUUGAUCAUAGAUUGAUCAAAAAGAUUUGGGUGCCUGACAUCUUUUUUGUCCAUUCUAAAAGAUCCUUCAUUCAUGAUACAACUGUGGAGAACAUGAUGCUGCGCGUACACCCUGAUGGAAACGUCCUCUUCAGUCUCAGGAUAACUGUUUCAGCCAUGUGCUUUAUGGAUUUCAGCAGGUUUCCUCUUGACACUCAAAACUGUUCCCUUGAACUGGAAAGCUAUGCCUACAAUGAAGAGGAUCUAAUGUUGUACUGGAAACGGGGAAACAAGUCCCUAAAUACUGAUGAGCAUAUUUCCCUUUCUCAGUUCUUCAUUGAGGAGUUCAGUGCAUCCAGUGGAUUCGCUUUCUACAGCAGCACAGGUUGGUACAAUAGGCUUUUCAUCAACUUUGUGCUAAGGAGGCAUAUUCUCUUCUUUGUGCUACAAACGUAUUUCCCAGCUAUGCUGAUGGUAAUGCUCUCAUGGGUUUCAUUUUGGAUUGACCAGAGAGCUGUUCCUGCGAGAGUUUCCCUGGGAAUCACCACAGUGCUGACCAUGUCCACCAUCGUCUCUGGCAUGAGUGCUUCCAUGCCCCAGGUGUCCUACAUCAAGGCCGUGGACGUGUACCUGUGGGUCAGCUCCCUGUUUGUGUUCCUGUCAGUCAUUGAGUAUGCAGCUGUGAACUACCUCACCACUGUGGAAGAGCGAGAACAAUUCAACAAGACAGGGAAGCUUUCUGGAAUGUAUAAUAUUGAUACAGUUCAAGCCAUGGCCUUCGAUGGUUGUUACCAUGACAGCAAGACUGAAAUGGACCAGACUUCCUUUUCUCUACACUCAGAAGAGGACUCCAUACGAGGAAGAUCCACAGACAGCCCCAGCACAGACUCAUCUCAGAUAAAGAGAAGGCAGUCCUUAGGAGGGCAUGUUGGUAGAAUCAUUCUGGAGAAUAACCAUGUUAUUGACACCUAUUCAAGGAUUUUCUUUCCCACUGUGUAUAUUAUAUUUAAUUUGUUUUACUGGGGUAUAUAUGUGUGA